ACCCGGAAGUGUGAAAAAGGUCCAUUGGCGUACGCAAACUGAAAGUAGCUGUCACACAGUGGACUAAGAUUAUUUAGUUUCUGUUAAAUUUAUAUAUUAAAAAAAGGUUUGAAGUGUCGCUUUAUUUCGUGAAAAUGUCUGAGAAAGUUGUGUUGCGUUACUUCAACGGAAGAGGAAAAAUGGAGUCGAUCCGUUGGCUUUUGGCUGCAGCUGGAGUCGAGUUUGAGGAAGUGUUUUUGACCAAAAGAGAGGAGUAUGAAAAACUGCUCAAUGAUGGAGCCCUGAUGUUUCAGCAGGUGCCUUUGGUUGAAAUAGACGGGAUGCAGCUCGUGCAGUCAAAGGCCAUCUUGAAUUACAUCGCUGGAAAAUACAAUCUAUAUGGAAAAGACCUUAAAGAACGGGCUAUGAUCGACAUGUAUUCAGAGGGUGCCAGCGAUCUAAUGGAUAUGAUUAUAAUGCAUCCUUUCAAACCAGCUGAAAACAAACAGAUACACCUCAGUACUAUAGAGCAGAAGGCCACAGAUCGCUUUCUUCCUGUGUUUGAAAAGGGUCUUGCAAACUCUCAGUUCCUUGUGGGAAACCAGUUGAGCCGUGCUGACGUUCACCUUCUUGAAGCCUCUCUGAUGCUUGUUAAUCACCAAUUAAUCUGCAAGCUUCCUUUUUGUUACAAGAUUAAAGCGGAGAUUCUAAAACCAACAGAUUUAUUUGGAAUGUUCAAGAUGCAACUUGGUGAUUACAAAAUGAUAAUACUGUGA